CAAGGAGAUGGUGGGGCUGCGACAACUGGACAUGUCCCUGCUGUGCCAGCUCUGGGGCCUGUAUGAGUCAAUCCAGGACUACAAGCACCUAUGCCAGGACCUGUCCUCCUCCCUGCACUCAGACAGCUCCUACCCACCUGAUGGCAGCCUCUCCGAUGAUGAGGAGCCCGACGCCAGCCUGCCUGCUGACCCACCACCCCUCACUGUCCCCCAGACACACAACGCCCGUGACCAGUGGCUGCAGGAUGCCUUCCACAUCAGUCUCUGAAGAGCUGGGGGACAGGUGGUGGGAAGGACCGUUCCAAAGGCUUUGAAACACACCCUUGGCGAGCAGACUGCAGUGCCUGCCUCUCCCCUGUGCCACCUGACCUCGCUGAUGGGCAAGGCCUGUGUCCCAGCCACAAUUAUCAAUGCCCUUCUGUCUUUGGUUAGUUGUCACCAGACUGCAACCUCUGCCUAUGGUCCCAGGAGAACCUCCACCUCUCCCAUGUACACCCAGUUUGCCAAAGCCUGGUGGCAGGGCCGAAGCAUCCUGUCCUCCCCAGGAAACUCUGCCAUUGGGUGUGAGAAUGCCCGCCUCCAUUUCACCUUUUGCUGCUAUUGGCAGCUGCUGGCUCAGGGGCACCCCGUCAGCUCACUGGGUUCCGUUGCCCUGAGUAAGGGCUCCAAGACCCAUCCCUCCAACCUCCCAUGGCCCAAAGGGUCAAAGCUCCAUGCUGGAUAUUUAAGUUUAGGGGCUAACCUCUUGGUGCAUAGAUAAAAUAAAUACUCUCAGCAUUG